UAUCCCGCCUUCUCUCGGCAAGUAUCUGGGCCAGGAGUUCAAAAUAGGAGGAAAAGCGAGUUUUUUCCAAGGAAAGGAGUCCCAGGGAGCUUGAUCAGAAUGUCUGGACGUCCAUUGGUUUCCUUCAGUGGUGUGGACAUGUGUCUGUCAUCUCUGAGAACCUGCCACUCCUACAUAGACACCGGCAUGGAUAUAGCUACGAACGUGGCCCUUGAUCUUGUGGAAAAUCACAAUGACCUGGAAGAGAUUAACACAGUGGAAAAAGUGAUGUUGGAAUAUGCUGCAAUGAGCAGAAAACUGAGUCACUAUGUGCAAGCCGUUGAAGAUACAGUAAAUCAGAUAAAACAAGAUAAGCCAGAAAUCGUUCCAGAUUUAAGACAGCUAGUCAUACAGAGGUUCAAAAACCUGGAAAGCAAGAACUGUGAUACUGAUUUACAAACAAAUGAGAAAGUUAUCCUGUUUAAGGAGCAGCUAAAGCAGAUGAAGGCUCAAUUUGGGGUCCAGCCAGACUCCGAAGGAAGACCAGCCCUUGAGCAAAUCGAUGAGGAUAUUGCUGUGACGCAAAGUCAGAUGAAAUUUAUCUGCCCCAUCACACAGGAGGAAAUGAUGAAACCAGUUAGGAAUAAAAUCUGCGGGCACGCCUAUGAGGAAAAAGCCAUCUUGGAACAUAUCUGGCGCAGAGACCAACAUAACAAAAGAGUCAACUGCCCCCAAGUUGGCUGCAACAGGGAGGUCAGGAAAGCAGACUUGGUGUUUGAUGAAGUCCUUAAAAGAACAAUUGACAGUCGGAGUAAACAGAGCCAGUCAACACAGUAGAGGGCAUCUGGCCCCAGCGGAUGUUAAAACAAAGAACAUGUGGCAGUAGAAGAGUUCAUCUGAGCUUGAGUUUCUGAUUUUCAGCUGUUGUGUAAGAGAUUGUUACUGCAAGUAUUUCAGUUGCAGGCAAAGUUGAAGGUCUGACCUGUUGCUAAAAGCAUUUUCUUGGAAACUGCCAAGUGUAAAAUGUCUUACUUUGUUUACCUUU